AUGAUUCAAAAUACGAAUAACUCGAAUCCAAAACCGAAUACAACACUCGAAGGUAUAAUAGUGGCAGUAUCAAAUAUUUCUGAAAAUCAAACUGAUAAGAAAGGCAAAUAUUGGGCAGCAUUACUUUGCGAUAUAAAUCAGAAUAUCAAUCGAAUAACAAAAUACUUGUCAUCAAAAACAAACUGUUCCCUUCAUGUAAAAAUGAUCGAACAUUUGAAUAAUCAACAUGGCGUUCGACUCAAUAAAUUAAAGCAUAAUGGUGAUAAUACAUACGUUGCAACAAUUGAAACCAUUGCAACACCAACACUCUUAACAUUAACACCUUUAUGUACUAAAACCAGUACGAUUAAAAAUAUCGAGUCCAUGUCCGUUGGUGAACAUGUAUCAUUUGCAUGUAAAAUAAUCGAUAUUGGUUCUUUAGAAUGCAGUGGCUGUCCUAUUCGAAAUCUUACUUUAUCAAAUAUUAAACAUUUUCAAGCAUUUUUGAUUCAAGAAGAUUAUCAUUAUUAUUGUCUUCGUAGUUUUCGAUCCACUAAAGAUUAUCUCUUUAAAAUUGAUUCUAAACAUUCAAUGUACCAUGAACCUAUUCAUAGUGGACGUAUAUUCGAAUAUCUUGCAAAACUUCUUGACUCAAGUUGUUCUAUCUUCGUCAUUAUAGAACAUGCAUUACAAAAUAUUAAUCAACAAAUUACUCUCGAUAAUAUUCCAAAAGCAUUAUGGCCUUUACCAGAUGCUGCUGCUGAUUUUGAACUUUUUCUCGGAUUUGAUCAAUCAGAUAAAUCGUAA